GCUAAACCAUCUCAAAACACACGAUUGCAAGAAGCUGUCCAAGAGCUGCUUUCGACAAGAAGAAUUCGCGACCUUCGCUUGUCGCACUUUUUGUCUUGGCGAAGCGAAGGUGGUUGCAGUUGUGAUGGCUGUGGGCAACACACUUGCCGUCAGCGGUCCAGUGCGUGGCGCAGACGCCACGUCAUUGCUAUGAAGGUCCGGUCGGCAGUGACUGACGUCCUGCUUGCCUUGCUCUUCUUGCUUUACUCGUGUGGGGCGCAGCAACCAGACGGCCGCCGGGGCAAUGAUUCAGCGCUGGACAGCCAUCCCGAUGUGUUCUAUUUCGUAAGGACACCACCACGGAUCUUUCUUGAGCACUUUUGAUUGCAGGCCUGCCGAAUGAGAUUGUCUGUCUGUCUUUCUCUGUCUGUCUGCCGUGUGUGUGCUGGGCUGUGUGUGUCAGUUGAAGGGAGGGUACCGGGAGGAGCUGGGCCACUCUCUGAAGGCCCACAAUGGCAUCCUUGCCCACGGCCGGUGGCUGGUGGGCAUCGCAACGACCGACACGGCCAACCUGCGGUCACCCGACAACAGCGUGGCCAUCCAGACGGUGGCGGCCUUCGGCGACCGAGACCAUGUCAGGGCAGCCGUCCACGGCAGGAAUGUCGGCUUCCUCACAAAGGACGGCAUUGCGGUCUUCCACCUCAACAGUGACGGCCACUUCAACCAGACGGCUCAGCUUCUGACGGAGCCUCAUCGAUACGUCACUCACGAGCUCAACGGCGGACUGCUGGCGGCGACUGUUGAGAACCGAAACAAGCGCCGGCGUGUACUGCUCUACACGGGGGAGGAGGUGGAUGAAUCGCCAGAUGCCGAGGGGUCUUCUGGUGGUGAAGGUGGUGCUAGCAAGUUCAAGGCCUACCACAACUUCCGUCGUCAGGCGUCGUCGGGUGUGAGUCUGCCGAUCAUCGGCGACGCCGAGCACGGGUUCGGGUCCAGCCUGGCCCUCACCGACCUGCACCUCCUCGUCGGCUGCGGCCAGUGCGACGACGGAGGCUCCAUCUACUGGUACUCUGUCGUCAGGGUGGACGACCACCUGCACCACACCAACAGCAGCGACAGUGACAGCGACGGAGAAGCAGAGGGUGCAACAUCGUCGACAUCACCACAGCCCCGCCCCGCCCAUGUGUCUUGGGAUUACGGCGGCCGGCUGGUGUCACCCUUCGGUGACGGCCUUUCCACCGCACUCGGUAGAGAGGCCGUCAGGCUGGGGUUCGGCUCGACCGUGUCAACGAAUGCUCUCUUGACGCUCAUCGCCGCGCCGCGGCUGGGAGUGGCCCUCGUGUACGAGACCGCCUCCCUGGUCAGCCAGGCGACCAACAAGGUGCAGCAGAUGCGAUGGAUUGCGGCACACAAGAUGGAGGGAUGCCAAAAUAGCGACGGCGCAGGUGUCGGCGAUUGCUCGCUGGACGGCAUGGCAGAGUGGAUUGAGGGCGUCAUGGGAUCUGAGAGCUUCCUCCUGCGCGUGGCGCCUGUCUGCGUGCUCAAGGACGACGGAGCCACCGAGCUGCCGGGCGGCGAGUCGAUUGUCGAACGGCUGCCUGUGGAGCCGUCGUCGAGUGAGUUGGGCUUCAGCAUGACACAGGAAGUCGACAUGAGGCAGCAGGUAGGUCCCAUCGAGGGUGCACCGCAGCCCACCAGGAUGAGGCUCUCACAUGACGUCUGUCCGUGUGUGAUUCGUUCAGGCAUCGAUAGCGAUCCUUGGUGCUCCGGGAGGCAACUUUGUCAACGUCUAUCACAUCCAGUUGAUUCACGAGGGGCAGAACGCCACCUCCACCCGCAGCAGCCGAGUCACGUGCACCCUCACGCAGCAGGUUCGCGACGAGGGCUACGACCGGUCGAUGCCCGCCGUGCGGCUCCACCCACACCGUCCACCCCGAUCAUCGAGGUCAUCUUCGUCAAGAGUCGUGGGACAGAAGUCAUCGACGAAAGAGAAGGCAUCCAGCCGUUUCCUCAACCACAGCAUCCCGCCCUCCAGUAGACUCGGGCACUCGGUCGCUUUCGUGGCCGGCAAGGUCUUCUUCGGUGCGCCCUUCGUGCCCGCCAUCCAGGCCAGCCUCGCACCCGUCAUGGGAGCCCACGAGUCCGGGGGGGAGGACGCCGACAAGCCAGCAGGUGCUGCGACACCUCCCGGCUCGACCGCCGCUGGCAUGCCCUCCUCACUGCCCCGCGGCUCGUCGACUAACCCUCGGCUGGCGGUGAUAGAUCCGGCGGAGAUCUUGUCAGCAUCUCAGGGGUCGGGGGGCCGGGCCACCACUGACGUGCAGCCGGACGCCACGGCCGCGGGGCCGGCAGUGGUGCAGUCGACGGGCAGGGUGUACCAGAAGGCAUACUGUCCAUUCAACCACUACAUGGUGGUGGAAGCAGCACACAAGCGGGGGUCGGGGGACAAGGAAUCGUCUCCCGAAUGCCGCCCGUGCAAGGAGGCAACGUUCUCGCUUGGAGGCUUCGCACCGGUAAGUGCCAUCACACCAGCUAAGCUAGUCCCCUUCCUUCCCACAGGCCUGCCUGCCUGCAUCGCACACGCCGCCUUUUCAUGUCUGUCUGUGGUGCUCACUUACUUGCAGGAGUGUGAGGAGUGUGUUGGCGUGGAGAAACCUGAGGGUGCCACGUGGAUCGAGGGCGCUGGGUGUGUUUGGGACUGCGGCGAUGGCCUCUGGCCGCCCGAGUGCCUCGAGUGCCACAUCACCAAGGCGAGAGAGAUCGAGCACGCUGCAGCCGAAGGGCGUGGCGAAAGUCUAGAUCUCAUCAAGCCCAAGUACUCCCACUGGCGAGACCUGGGGCCCGAGUGCACAUGGCAGUGUGACGAGCCGCUCGUGUUUGAUGCUGCUGAAUUCGCCUGUGUGGGCCGGCUGCUGGCCCUGGAGGUGGUGCGUGUGGAGAACGACCCCUUGCUGCCCUCGACAAUCCCCGUCGAGACCUCCGAUGGCUUUGUGGUCCUCCGGGAAGGCACUAAACUGCAGCUACGGAUCACCAUUUUCGCCGGAGAAAGUGAGGGAGGACAAAGAGAGAGAUGCCUGCUGAUAUGAUUGAUGCAGUGCUUCAUUCCUGAUGUGUGGUCCUUGGUGCUCUCCCGCAGGUGCUGUUGACGAGACCCGCGUGACGCUCGGCCCCCCAGCUGGGAACGAGGAGGAGAUCCAAAUCCUGCCCGACGACGUAGUCACUUUCCCAGCCAUGGCGCCAGGUACGCACACAUACACCUCCUCCCUCUGGGCGCCUGCCACAUGCACAACGAACGCCAUCCGUGUCAUGCCGUGUGUGUCUCGCCAGGCGAGACCGUGAGCUACAACCGUCAGCUGGUGUAUGUGAGUCCACAGCGGGCCGCUUCCGAAACAUCGGGAUCCGUCGCUCUUUCCGUCAACGACACAAACGACACCACAUGGACGUAAGAGAAGUCUACGGGAGGCCGCGGAAGGAGAGGCGCACGUCUAGUCUAUCUAUUGCUUGGCUGGCCCUGUCUGUGUGCUCCAUGCCAUGCAGUGGUGCUGUGUUCAACGAGCUGGAUCGUGUCCUCUUGAGGCCGUCAUUCCGAUCGGACAUUCACGUGCUGGGCGUCCCAGAGCAGCUGGACAGCAACAAGACGGCCGCUUUCCACAUCACACUGGGCGGCGAGCCACCCGACCUGCUUUGCGUCAUCAUGAAGUCCGAGGGGCACGACGAGGAACUCAACCAACAGACCUUGCUGCCGGCCAACGUCUCCGCACUCCCGUACCGCCUUCAGCUAUAUCCUCCCAUGAUCUGCUGGGUCGACGCGAGUGGCGAGAGCUCGGUGCCGGCGAGUCCUCCCGAGACGCCCCCAAACGGCCUCACCUUCUCUUCCACCGACGAGCAGGCCGACGUGGCGGGAGCCGGCGUGCCGAGCUCUCCACUGGGGGCCCUCACGCCUCAUGUCUUCAGCGUGCAGUCGUGGCGGGAUCCCGUCAAAGUGGAGGUGCGUGCCGUCGAUGACAAGAUCUGUCGCGAGGGGGACACGGCCAUGGCCGGCAUCCACUUCUCCAUCGUUACGGACGGCGAGUCGCCCUACGACCCUGAGAAGGGCGACCCCACCUUCAUAUUCCACCCUUCGUCUGGGACGACAGAUGGCGACGGCAGCCCGCUGGCGGGGCUCAUCCCUGUGGAUCAUGACUUGGAAUCCCUGGCGGCUGACAAGGACGCGGACAGGGUCAAGCCGAAAAAGGGAGCAGCGGUGCGGACAGUGCGUGUGCGCAACUUUGCGGAGCCUCGGUUGAUCCUACGGAGCAGCGUCAAGCAAGAGGAGCUCGAGAUGAUUCGCGAGGUGUCACCGAGGUCCUUCGCGGUCGAAGCAGUGUCAGGGGAUGGUUCGGCUCCCCAGUGGCUGCGUGAGAUCCGUCCCUACAACGUGUCGGUGUCGUGCCGGCCGGAGAAAGGGGACCGUGUGCGGGUGCUGGUCGACCCCAUGUCGUCAACUCAGCUUGCCUUCCUGCGGCCUGUGUCGCAGUGGGGUGCCGACCGAUACAGCAACGGCAGCUCUAUCGGCCUCCCGCUCCCCCACAUUCCCGCUGCCAGCCACUGGAUCGCGGCCUCACGCUUCUUCGUCGACGUGCUGUUCAGCCACGGCAGGCCUCUCGACGUCACCCUCUACCCUGUGGCCUUCCAAGACGGCCGGUCCAAUGAGAACAACACCAUUAUCCGGGUCAACCACUCGGUGUGGUCCUUCGACCUGCUGUCGCCCGCCGCCGCUCGUGCACAGGACAUGCGCUUCACGGGCCAUGGGCGAGCGCCGCUGUGGCCGGCAGACGGCAUGAAGCUCGACCACUACAACUCCCUGACGCUGCUGGACACAUGGGGUGGCAACAUGAGCGCCUUCCACACUCAGAGGAGUCUGCCCGACGACUGGCGAGAGGUGUCGAUCGUCAAGAGCUUCACGCUCAACGACACCGACCUUCCGAAGCUGACCCUCACUGACGUGCCGCUGAGCAUCAGCGAGCACCAGCCGCCUUCCCCCUUCGGGCUGCAGCUGGAGGUCAUCCCCCAGGGCAACGUGACGGUCGAAGUCAUGACUGACCACCCCGGUGCCUGCAACAUAUCGGUCAGCACCGACUGGGAGGCCGAGAACAGUUCCGUCCUCGUGGUGUUCGACCCCUCUGAGGCGAGGAUGUGCAGAGGACAGGACGCCAUGGACUGCAGCCCCAGGAGCCAGCGGAUCGCCGGCACUCACGUCUUCGUCCUGCGCUGCGACACGGAGGCCUUGCCAUCCACUGCUUCGUCGGUCCUCUUGGUGGCCAGGGCCAUCGCUGUGGAGGACAGCCUGCGGGACCUUCUCUUCUACGAGACCUACGCGCAGGCCCGCAUUCCAGUCCGCAGGGCCAACCCGCACAAGCAGAUCCGUCUCCGAGCUCACCUGAAGAGCGGUGCGGUGGCGUCACCCGACGAGCCAAUAGAGGUCCUCAUCAGGCUGGUGGAUCCGCCGGGACUCAACGUGACGGUGAACGUCAAGGACGCCACGGAGACUCUGGCUCUGUCGCCAUCGAGCGCCCCGCUGCUGGCCAACAUGACGGGGGAGUGGUUUGCGCGGCAGCGGCAGAUCAGGCUGAUGGUGACUGAGCCCGAGAACGGGCUGGUGCGCUUCAGUGCCGAUGCGUGGGACGAGGAGAAGGUGGUGACUGUGAGGGUGCUCAUGUGGUCUGAGCCAGGCGACACGAAGCUCGCCGAACUGCACAGGCUCUAUCGGGCUAUCGGAAGGUCAGCCCACACCUCAGUGCGCGCACAAUAUGCCGGUCACCGGUGCAUUCAUUGUGUCUUUUCUUUUCCUUUUGUGUUUUCAGGCUGUAUCUGUCAGCGUCGCGGCGUCGUGACGGCCAGCCAUCGAGUGACGUGACCACUCGGGUGAUGAACGAUGACGUGAGAAUAGAGGAGAUCAACUCGUUCAGCUUCGCCAUCCUGCCGCUGGCCGACCCGUCGGACGUCUACAUCGACAUCGACAUGCCCCUGUUGCACCCCACCACCCCAGCUCUUAUCACCGCACUCGAGGGGCGCUUUCUGCCACACCACUUCGGCCUUCUACAGGCACCUUCGACCAGUGUCCGCGUGGAGGUCACCGCCCUGCCGAUCGAUGGCCACUCACACCCCCUCUACUUCUCAUACCAGCCCAACUCUUCCAGCCUUAGUUCGGGCUCGAUGGCCGUCACUCUCACAGCCGACGAACCCGACACUACCGUCUACCUGUACUCGCCUCGAGACUCGCACCUGCUACUCGAGACACCCCUGGACGCCCCAAAUGCAGCAACAGACGAGCAGCAGCCACUGGAGCAAGAGCCACAGGCGAGCGGAGAGAGUGAGGAUGCGCCAGAGACCGGGAACGUGACGGCUUCGCCGGCGGACGGGACCUCUGCCUUCUUCAACACGACCGCUGUCGACACAAACAGCACCGAGUUCGCUUCCUGGAACAAUUCGUCGACAGGGUGGGUGAGGAGCAGACUGCUCCAGCGCAACGACACGACAAACAGGACGGGAAGAGAGGCGAUCUUCCAUUGGUGGGGCUACCAGCUGGUGCACCGCAUCCUGCUUACGGAUGAGAGCGACUACAACGAGUCGGCAUACCUCACGAGCAUCUCCCAGGCAUGGUUCAAGGAGCAAGAUCGAAUGGAGGUGGCGCUCACGCCGUCGAUCGUCACGCUGAGGGCCGCUUCCCCGACAUCUGGCACCCGUCUCAACGGCAGCGUACCGGCAGCCAAGACAAGGGCUGAAUCCUACGAGGUGCGGCUGACGGGGACCCUCGACGGUACCUCAACGCUCAAGUUCUAUCGGACGGAUCCGGACAGUCCUCGGGUCAACUUGACUUUCCUUCUCGAGGCCUGCCAAGCGCCCGAUGAUGGCGUCAAGACGGUCUUCUACAGGCUCGGUCGAUCGGUCGGCCGCAGCGAUCGAGCCCUGCCCAACGACAGAGGACCCUACAAGCUUCCCUUCCAGAUCACCCUGCCCCCACAGCCGUCCGCCUGCCUCAACGUGACUGUCUCGCCGCUGUGGUCGGCCGACCUCGGCCCCAUGGCUGACGCACAGUUGGGAGUCACCCACGAGCUUGACUCGAGUCGCGACAUGGUCGUCAGGAAGCAGUCGCUUGUCAUGCCAAGGCCGCAGCUUCUCGUGCUCGUGUCGCAGGAGGCGGCACCAUCGGUGGCGCUGGAUCUGGAGAAGACGGAGGGCAUCCCGUCGAACCGGCCCAGCUUCGUCCCUGAAGACAGCCUGUGGGCAUUCGAUGUCACCAUGGAGGAUGACGAUGCCUCAGAGGCAGGUGGCAGUGACGGCAGCUCCAAGAGGCUGCUUGCACCAGUGAGCGGGGAUGAGAGCCGGCAGCAUGUCAGCGCCCGGCUGGCUCUCCGCUUCAAGCUGCUGCAGGAGCCAAUAGGGGCCAUAUUGCUCUCACUGCGCGACGGCUCGGCCCCUCUGUCCACGAGCAGGUGGAGCUCAGCCAACAGCAGUGCCGCCCACUCCGGCCCCUGCUUCCGCACUGUCAAGAACCUCGCCGAUGUGGCGGUGGACAACAGCACGUGGGACACCGCUGUGUUGGUGACUGAGAUAGAGCUGGCACCGCACGAUGUGGCCCUGCCGGGGAUGAUGCGACACUGUGAGAUUGAGGUCACCGUCACGGGGACAUCGGUGCCGGACGACCCUUACUACCCCCUCGAUAAGGUGCGCCGCACAACCGACAGCUCACAAGAGAGAGCCUCAGGGAGGAAUGCACGGAAUGAAUGCGUUUGUCUUUCGAAUGCAUCCUCUCCAUCCAUCGAUCAGGUGAUUCUGCGAGUGCCAUUGUACGUGGUGUUGACGACUCGGCCGGCAGUGAUGCUGACACCGCUGUCAGCCACUCGCGCAAGGGACGGCACAUCGAUUCUCGAGUAUCGCGUGGCGCUGUCCACCCGGCCGUCGGCCCCCGUAACCAUCGAGGCAUCGACCGGCGACACGGUGAGCAAGCAACAGAAAAAGGGCAGAGAGCGGGGUGACAACCGAUACACGCCUCAUCUCGUUUUGCCCUGCAACAGGUCAACAUGACGCCUCCCCAGGUCACCUUCACGCCCGCCAAUUGGUCGCUGGAGGGCACCGUCCUCCGCUUCUCGGCCGUGGAGCAGGACCCCGCCAACCCAGCCAACGCCACGAAGGAGAGCGUCAACUUCAGAAUAGUCGACGGCGACUGGAUUUACAACUCCAAGGGCCUCUCCCUCAUCGGCACGCCGGCUGUCGACCUCAUCUGGGUGCUGCACGAAAGGCAGGCGGGCGCUGUGGCCACUGAGGGAGAAGGAGGCUUCUCCACGCGGAACCCUGCAGUCAGCGACAUGCUGCCGAGGCUCCCUGAGAAGGAUGACGCCUCGCCCGAUGAAUCGUCGAGCAACACCAGCAGCGGUAUGGGCAUCGUUGAGCGGGGCAACGGGUCUCUGUCGCUCGAGCUGCCGCCGCUGGUUGACACCAGCCCCGAUAUUGUCAUCGAAGCGCGUGGGCCGUCGACUGUCUUUUGGCACGAGCGGUUCCUCCACUACACGCUGCGCUUCCCGUGGCGGCCGAGAGAGCAGGUCACCAUCCUGGCGAGCUAUGACUGGCUGGAGUUCGACCUCUCUUCAAAUGUGUCCUUCGCCACCUAUCAAGCCGGCAUUGAGGUACCUGCCUCCGUCACUGCCCAUCCAUCAAGACAGCAGCCAAGCCAUCUGCCUUGCCUGUCUCCGUGUGUCCAUCCAUCAGAUAUUCUACGACCCGGAUCGUUACUGGCCGUACCCAAUUCAGAUCGACGUGCGCAUCAAGAAGAGCUUCGAGCAGAUGCGCGAGGAGGCACCAUUCGUCGAGUUCUACGCCAGCGAUGGCGGCUACUCCGAGAAGCAGGAGGCGGUGGCCAACCAGACGGCCAGCUUCUGGCAGGUGCAGCGGAGCUUCACACACACCAUCAAGGAGGUCUCAGACCCCGCUUACCUCGACGCAGACGUGGUACGCGGGAGGGAGAGAGCAGGGAAGGUCGGCCAGCAAGCAUGUAUUGUUUGUUCUCUCUGUGUCUUCUGUUCAGGAGGUGUUCCGCCCGAGUGCCAAUUUUCUGGUGGGCAUCGAUAUGCGGGACGUCAGCCGCACCCUCCACUUCGUCUUUGGGCCACACCCAUUGGACCGCAACCCAAGCCUCAAAGGGUGGGUGGGCUGAGCACAGCACCGGCAAACUACACGACUGACUCGCACAGCACAUUGCCCUGACAGCACACACACAUUUCCUCGUUCGUUGUACGUAUGUAUGUAUGUGCGUCUCAUGCAGGCUUGCGUCGAAUCUCGCGGCUUUGUUCGACAUCGACCGAAGCCGCAUCGCCCUGCCGGAGUCCCUGCUGCAUGAGCAGAUGCACUCCCACUAUAGCCAGGCCUCGCCCAACGCCACCGACGAGCAGUCUGACGAUCCACAGAUCGACGGGCGGAUGCUGCGCCGCCUGCAGGGCUCCCAGCAGCCGGCCUUGAGUGGUCUGUUUCCCUUAGCGGCUGAUGGCGGCCCCAGACGCGCGAGUCUGAUCAUCCUGCCCGUCCCCGAGUGGCAGCGGGCACGCGACUUCGUCUCCAAACAAAAGUCGCAACCUGCAUUCGUCAACGAUAUCGUCACCAAACUCCAGUACGCGGCUCGGAAAUCAAGAUCUACGAUCGUGGUGCUGCCGUCACUGUUUCUUGCGUGUGCGUUUGUUUGUCUCUCCCUCCUUCAGGAAGCGGUUGACGGCCAAGGCGCAGAGGAACGCUGCGCUGGGUCUGGUAGAGAUGGAGACGGAUGUCGAGUGGCUGGGGGGAGUGAAGCUGCAGCAGGUGGUCCCUGUAGAGGAGGACGUGUGCGAGGCCGUCGGCUCAUCCAUCCCCGGAGAGGACACCAAGUGUGACACGUGUGUCAACCAGCCGUCAUGCGGCUGGUGCCUCAAGGGCAGCGGGGAGGGAAUGUGCGUCAGAGGUGUGGUCAGCCCGGCCUAUGAGCUGCCUGACGGCGAGAUCUGUGCCGCGUUCGAGUCGGAGGACUGCCUUGACCUGUGCACCGACUACGACCUCACGUGCGACCUCUGCACCUCCGUAGGCCUGUGCGAGUUCUGCCACUACCAGAACCCCAAGUGGGAUGCAGGCAACAUCCCCACCGCCGACCCCUUUGUUGAGCACACCGGCGCGGGAUCGCCGCCCCUCACGUCGUCCCUCAAGGAGAACUCGUCGGAGCCGCGCCUGCUGCUGCCGCCUGGUGACGCGGGCAAGUGUGAGGUCAAGGGUGCACUACCCGGCUGUGCGGACAUCGGUGGCGUCCCGUCGGACAAGUGCGAGGACAUCACUGUCAACGCUGACCCGUGUCGGGGCUUCCACAACUGCACCUCAUGCAUUCAGAAAUCUGGGUAGGUUCAGCAGACAGACAGAAGCCAAGUGUGUCCCCCAGCCCAGCUCAGCCACACACGAACGAAUCAAUCUCUUUCCACGCCUCUCUCUACUGUUCAUCCAUCCGUCCGUCUGUCAGGUGUCUAUGGUGUCUGGAUACGGCCACAUGUCAGCGGGGCACGGCCGAGUUUGGUCCGUUCGAGCCGCCCGCCGUGUCGGGGUGUCACGAGUGGCGGCACGGCGGGGAGGAGGGCGGCUGCCAAACAGACAGCUGCCUCAACUUCGGCAACUGCGUCGAAUGCUCCUCACAGCCAACCUGCGGCUUCUGCUCGGCAUGGGAGGUCAACGAGGGAGACAGCGAGCGGCUCGACAAGCGCAUUCUCUCACCCAGAUGUGGAUCUGGUGAGUGGGAGGAGGAAACCGAGAGAGAGAAGGAAGGGCACAGUUUUCGUGCACCGCACCGAGGGGAUUCUUGUGUGUCAUCCAUCGAUCAGGCACGCAAGGCGGCAACUUUCGAUGGUCAGCGUCCCAGCUGGUGUGCCGUGACUGGAAAUUCGAGAUUACCAGCUGCAACGAAACCUGCCCCUCUGAGAUCAAGGUCCCUAGAUAUCAAUGAACGAACACAAUGCAUGGGUGGAUCAUAAAAUCAAACACGCAAACGCACGCUGGCUGCGUCGUUGGUCUUUGCAGGAGCUGCGUGCUGAGACGGGGGAGAUAUCCCAUGGCUCCGAAGACUACACGCUUAGAGUGAGCGAGGCGAGCCCCACAAUACCAGACGACCAGACCCGUCCAGCCGACCCACUGACUGGCGCGUUUUUGCCUUUUUUCCAUUCUCUCAUUCUUCAUCAGUAUGCGCCGCGGCAGGAGUGCCGUUGGCUGAUCAACCCCGGAGCGGGCAACAACGGCAACUCGGCUCCCGGGCGGCUCACCCUGACUGUGGAGAUGCGGGAGCUGCUCCCUGGCGAUUUCCUGAAGCUCUACGAAGGCACCAAGAGGCCAAACAGGAGACCCAUCCUCGACGAGACCUCCGUUGCCAAGUAAGACAUAAUAAAGCACCAGGCAGGCAGGGGAUGGCGUGUGUUGUGAUGUGUCUGUCUUUGCCCCUCCCUCUCAGGCCGGGGUACUCGUCAGUCAUGAAGGCGCAGGCCCCACUGCUGGUGACGUUCAACUCGGACGAGGAGGGGGAAGGCUUCGGGUUCUCUGUCAGGUGAGCGGGCACUUGCAGUAUAUAUGCUGCCGGUGGUUCUUUCUGAUAUAUGGGUCCGGUCCAUCCACGUGUGUGUCAAUCAGCUGGACGUGGCUACCGGAGCCUUUCACACCGAUGAACGGCUGGAUGAUCACGUCUGUGGUGCUGGGGGUGUUGGGGGCCUGCGCCAUCUCGGUCCUUCUCGUCGUGUGCAUCAAGCGGAUACGCAUGGUCAGUUAAGCCACGCACAGACGCGUCCACGUGAAAGCUUCACAGACGAGCGGGGGGGAAUCGUGCGUGCGUGUGUGUAGAACAUGGCUGAUCGGGGUGACGGUGUUGGCGACAACGGCCAGCAAGCUCCAUGGGGCGACUGGAGCGAAGACGACAAACGCAGAUUCAAAGAGGUAUGCAGGCAGGCUGCCACACUAGCAGGGACACAUGUGGGUGGGAGUCGAUCAUGUCUUGCUUCUGUCGAUGCCUGUCUGUCUGUCUGUCUGUCUGUGGAUGUGUGUAUAUGCCAAUCAGUUUUGCAAGCCGUUCAAGUGGGGGGAGCAUAUGGAGAAGCAGCAGGAGCCGUGCAGCAUCUGCCUCACCGACUACAACAAGGGAGACGAGGUCAGCCAAAGAGACAGACACAUGCACCUCCCUCCCACACCGAGUCCGUGCUGUUGAACACUGUCCAUACGGUGUCUGUCUGUUGUCAUCACUGCCUGCAGGUCCGGCAGCUCCCCUGUUGUCACUUCUUCCACGUCACCUGUGUGGAUCAGUGGCUGGCGCUGCACCUCGACUGCCCCCUGUGCAAGGGCAACGUUAUCGAGAUGCUUGCGCACAGGGAGCAGCUCACAGCACCCCCACAGCAGCAGCAGCGCAAGGCCAUGCGGCAGACCAACGGCGAGGCCACAGCCGCGUCAGACCCGGACGUCGAGCGCCAGACGUCCAUACCCUCUUCCGGCGGGCCCGUGGCGCUGCCAUCGAUUGUGCUGGAGGAUAGAGGUCUCGAUGCCGGCCGGCAGGGCUCUCUGACGCCCAAGAGCUCCGCCAGCUGGGGCAGCCGAGGGCGCGGUCCACACGAGAGUCCGGGUGUCGAUGAUGCGGACGACGAGGUGCAGGUCAACGUGGACACACGCAGCGAGGGGCUCGCCUUCGAGCCUAUGGAGCUGCGAGAGAUGGUCACCACCAUGUCGGAUUCAUUCCUGUCUGGCCAGCCAGAGCACCCUCACAGUGGGGGCAUGGCCGACCACCGAGACGCGGACCAUCCCACCAUGCGGUCGCCAGGGCUGCCGACGUGCAGCAGCGCGCCCAUCGGCGCGCGCCUGUCAUCGUAUGCGUGGCGUGUCGACACCCCGAGCCCGGUGGCGGUUGGGUCGUCCCCUCAGCGGACGCAUCGCACGGACAGCAGCCCGACGCCCAGCGGCCAUCACGUCAGUCGCAGUCGCAGCCGGCAGGUCAGCGACCGGAUGAGCGAGGACUCCGACCACGGCCACGCAUCGUCCAGCAGCCGCAACGCUCACCACUCACGGUCUCUGUCGCGCAUCGAGGGCCAGCCCCCCCACGUCUGUCAGUCGCCCUCUCGCUCUCAGCCCCCUCCCAGCCCCACCCCCAGCGAGGCUAGACGGCCCCCCCUGCCCCCAGAGCACCGAAUCAGCCAGUCGCCACGAAACUCCACGCGUGGGAUCGUCACACAGAGUUUCUCAAUGGACGACUUUAGGGGGAGAAGACCCGCCACGCGCGACCACCAGACGCCCGUGGCGUGUGUGAGUUUGGAUCUGGUGGAUCUGAGCAACCACGAGGACUGGACUGAGGGGCAGCCCGACACGGGAUUGACCACUGAAGGGCCAGCGCCAGUGGACAGGGGCGAUGCGACGAUGGACCAUCACCAAGGGGAUGGGGGAUCCUCUGUUCGAUCCAGGCAGUCACGACACGUCAGUAUGAGGGGCCCGUCGUCCCCUACGGCUUCUGCCACGCGGUCCCCCAACGUCAUGGCGACACACUCGUCGAUGCGGGGCGUGUGGAUGGACGACAUCGACCUGCUGGAGCCGUGCAUCACCCGCUCUAGCAAGCGGCGUGCAGACCCCACAGGCGGCUCGCCUGAUGCGCCGAGCGCCACAUCAAGAGGGUCGAGCGGCAGUGCCAUGUCGAGGGAGAAGCGCAUCGACAGUACUGUCAGUCGCCGCAGCCCCAACGCCAAGAGGCCGACGCACCCGAGUAGCCAACGCGAGGCCGAUAGGCUGUCGGUGCCUGCAGCUGGGGGCCACCAUCACUCUCACCUUCGUGAUGAAGAGAUCGGCUCGGUGAUGUCCCACGGUGACAGUGCGGAGAUGGCGGCUCAAGUGACUUCGGCGUCGCCCUCUCACGUGGACGACAUCACCGACAUGGACAUGGAGGGAGGGGUGGUGGGACUCCCACCCAUCGGCAGCAGCGUGUCGGGCCGGGCAUCCCUCCCUCACUCACACAAGGAGUCGCCCCGGAAGGACCGCAGUCUGCCGCCCCCGAGUCCCCGACCCAUUGGCAGUGCCACGCCUCUCCCUGGUGUUGGCUCGUCCAAUGGGCGCUAUGGUGGCGAUUCGCACGGGAGCCCGCAGCGGCCGAGGGUGUAUGGGAAGGCACGCGAGAGCGAGAUACAGUAGACAGACAGGCCUGUAUGGACGUAGAUAGACGAUAGUGGUGUCGGUUGCCAUGUGUGAGAUGAGAUGAGAUGAGAUGAGAUGAACGAACGGAUGUGUAUUUUAUCAAGGGGAGCGAUUGCAAUGAUUGCAAUGCAAUGCGUUCAAGCAGGUGGUCGGUCGGUCGGUGCGUGCGUAGCAUGGUGCAUGGAUUGGACAUGCACACGGUAGGUUUAGUGUGUACCCAGUGGCCAGAGUGACUGGAGGUGUGGGUGUGGGUGGGGGUGUGAGGCUCCCUACCACUUUCUUGAAAACCGACGGAGGGACGGAGGGAGGGACUGAGUGGGAUGCCAUUUGUCUGAGCGUACGUGCAGGGGAUCGAUGUGGUGGUCUGUCGACCUACCUAGUUUAUCUAUCUAGCUAGCUCGUGUGUCUGUCGGUACGUGUGAAGGAAGGUAUCGCAACUUUAUCAAGAAUGUCCAUGCGUCAUGGCGUCAUGGAUAUACACACACAUCUCUGUCUGUCUGACUGUCUUUCUGUAUCCACACAGACAGCAGACCUAUCCUUGCCAUGCUUGUUAUUGUGAGCCAGCGACACGCCGGCCCGCCCAGCGAUGACGGGGGGCCACGGCCGGCGCACUUGGUUGGUUGUGUGUGGGUCGGUCAUGUGUACCCCGCCCUGUUCAUGUGUCUUUGUGCAGCAGCAACAAUUCCUUCCUCGGGUGUGCCGAUCGAUCCCUUCUCUCUCUAUCUCUCUUUGUCUGUGCCUGCCUGCCUGCCUGCCUGAGUGUAUGAGAGGCCUGCCUAUCUGGCUGGCUGUACCUAUACCUACCUGCGUGUGUGUAUACAAUACACCUGCCUGCCUGCCUGCCAGUUGUGUGUUUGACUCGCUCAGAGAGAGGACGAACGAUAUCGAUGGACGUCAGAAGAUGCAACAAGCGAACAGCCAAUCGUCAACGUGGCUUAUGGUGCAUGACUUCUGAGUGCAUUUGUGCGCCCGCUCUCCGUGUCUCAUUCGAAAAGCACGCAGCCA